GACACCUCAGACGGCGGUGGCCUGGGAUCAGACCGCGUCUCAGGCGAGCCCGAGACGCGCCCCCAGCCCGCCAUGGCCCGCCUGUUGCGGGCGUCCUGUCUUCUCUCCCUGCUCCUGGCUGGCUUCGUCCCGCCGAGCCGGGGGCAGGAGAAGUCCAAGACGGACUGCCACGCUGGCGGGAGCGGCACUAUCUAUGAGUACGGAGCCCUGACCAUCGAUGGGGAGGAGUACAUCCCUUUUAAGCAGUAUGCUGGCAAAUACAUCCUGUUUGUCAACGUGGCCAGCUACUGAGGCCUAACAGGCCAGUACGUUGAACUGAAUGCACUACAGGAAGAGCUUGCACCAUUUGGUCUGGUCAUUCUGGGCUUCCCCUGCAACCAAUUUGGAAAACAGGAACCAGGAGAGAACUCGGAAAUCCUACCCAGCCUCAAGCAUGUCCGACCAGGUGGGGGCUUCGUCCCCAAUUUCCAACUCUUUGAGAAAGGGGAUGUGAACGGGGAGAAAGAGCAGAAGUUCUACACGUUCCUGAAGAACUCCUGCCCACCCACCUCGGAGCUCCUGGGCUCACCUAACCGCCUCUUCUGGGAACCCAUGAAGGUCCAUGACAUCCGCUGGAACUUUGAGAAGUUCCUGGUGGGGCCAGAUGGCGUGCCCCUCAUGCGCUGGUACCACCGGACCACGGUCAGCACCGUCAAGAUGGACAUCCUGGCCUACAUGAGGCGGCAGGCGGCUCUGACAGUCAAUGGGAAGUAAAUCAGGCCUGCCCCACCCUGUGUCCACCAUGCAGGGGCUGGGGAGGGACUCUUCAGGAAGGAACCCAUUUCUCUAACCACAACACACUCCCGCCACAGACCCCUUACUAAUAUACAAUGCCCCGACCUGACCCAAACGUGCGCGUACGAUUGUCGUCUGUACUGCUGCGCAUGUGGGUGUCUGCACACGUGCCUCCAGGUGUGUGUGACCAUGCGUGUGCAUGGGUACAGCCACCGCUGUCUACCUGCGCAAAUAUGGGGGACUUGAACCGUUUGUGUGCCCACAGCUGUGUGUUAUGGAGAGUGCUGGAGAACUCCCCUUUCUCUCCAGUUCUCUGUUCCAGUGACAGCCAUUCACUUUCAGUGGAGCCCAAGUUAAAACCAGAUCCAGAUCCAACUGUUCUGCUCUGACCCGGACCUCAACCUUGGGGCCGGCAUCUCCCACUGCCUCCAAAUCUCACCACUGAAGAGCCCAGAAGUUUCUGGGUCUACCACACUGCCCAAUCUUCCCCCUCUCCAUCAUGCAGCCUCGCUCCUUCCUGAGGGGCCCUCCCAAGCCCCCUCCCCCACCCCACGGUGCUCCCUGAGAGCAGCCGAGGCAGACGUGAGAGCAAGGGCCACGUCCCGUGUCAGGGAUGGCGUCUCCAUGAAGGAGGGGCCCGAAGCCCUCGUGGGCGGACCUCCCCUGAGCCUGUCUGAAGGGCCAGCCCUUAGUGCAUUCAGGCUGAGGCCCCCGGGCAGGGAUGCCACCCCUGCUUUUCUGCAGGAUGUGCCCUCUCCCCUCACCCUGGCUCUUGGUAUUAGACUCACCCCUGUGUUCCCAGUAAAGGCCUUUCUGCAGCA